GAAAAUUCCAGGAAAUCACAUAUGCCAAUCACGGGAAAAACAAGUCUUCCUAAUGAAGUGUUAUUUUUUCUUGACGUCCAGGUCUAAGCAUACAGAAUCAUAUUUCAUAUGGCGUCAAUCACUCUUGAGGAGCUCCAUGCUUAUCAUGCCAUUGAUCGGGAGAUAUUCUCUCGACUGGUAAUAACUCUUAGGAGGGAUCCAGCUGAAUCUCUAUUAGUUAUGGCCAUAUGGCUAUGGCUAGAAGAGAAGGGUUAUCCCAAUAUAAUAGCGAAAAUGGUGAACCUAUCAGAUCCUCUGCUGGAAGCACUAGCUGGUGAAGCAGUUUCAUGUUUGAAUUGUCUUGGAUCCAAUAAUCCUAUCAUUCCACCAAAAGGUGUUUUGCCUCUUACUGCAAGAAUUAUGGAGAAAGAUAUUUCUUUGCAAAUGUUCUACCAAAACAAAUUCAGUACAAUCAGUGGGAUAAAAAAUUUUCUUAACACUGUUUGUUCUCGCAUUUUUACUGAUAUCCUGCAACAUGUGGUGGGGAGCACAUCACAGGUGAUUCCUAAUCAGCCUCUUGUUAUCCCUGGUUUUCCUCACUCAUUAUUUGGCAAUGUCAUCAUAGUGCCAAGAGCCAUGGACCAUAAUUUUCCUAUAGGAGGUUUAUGGGGAUGGCACCCCUCUAACAAUGUUUCUGAGGAUGACAGGACCUUGUUUCUGACUUUCUCACGGGGUUUUCCAGUUUCAGAAGAUGAAAUAAGGGAACUCUUCACAAAUAUAUGCGGUGUUUGUGUUGAUAGUGUACAUAUGCAAGAAAAUGUCCCCUGUGAUGAACAACCCUUGUUUGCUAGAAUGGUUCUAUAUUCUGUCGCAAAUGUUGAUCAAAUUUUGAAUGGGAGACGCAUUGCUAAGUUCCGGAUCAAUGGUAAACAUAUAUGGGCACGGAAGUAUGAGCGCAGAGAGUGAUAAACCAAGAAAGUCUGAUGUCAGAAUUUAUACCGAUGUCAUGUAUGUAACCUUUAUAUAAGGAAAAUUACAACCUUACCUAUAGUCCUUCUAUGCACUUAUCCAUAAAUAUUAGGCCAAAUAUGUAUUACUUUAUGUGAUUCCAAACAAGUAUAUUCUAUCAAUGUUGUUUUUCCUAAAAUGAACAUUUCAGACUUCUAUGUAAAAGUACAUGCUGAGUUGAUCCUUAAUCUUAUAGCUGUAUUUGUUGUCUGUUGCAAACAUAGCAUCCAUCAAAGUCCAUAUCUUACUGUGUUCAUUUAGAAAUAACCUUUUGGUUCUCACCACAGGUCUCUUGAUCC